CCAAGAUACGCAUUGAACCAGCAAAAUGGACACCCAAGUUCCCACUCUCAUCAGCACGACGACAGUGCUGUCUCUAGGAGCGACUGUCGCUAUUCUGGCAGCAGCAUACGCCGCGUCUCUUGCCCUCCUCCAAAGAAAUGCAUCUGCCAAGAUACGCGUCCUCUUCGUGUGGCAUGCCUUCGACGCCUUGAUUCACUUCAUUCUGGAAGGCUCCUACCUGUACAAUUGCUUCUUCAGUUACGCGAAUGUUGCCGACCUCGUCGACAAGAUUUCUCCCAGUGGCGGGUCGAUAUUCGCAAGUCCGUACCUUCCGCCUGACAUAUUCUUCUUGGGACGUAGUGAUCGCGUUUACGGCUCAGACUACGGCACCAACCCUUUCGCUGCCUUGUGGAGGGAGUAUGCAAAGGCAGACAAGCGAUGGGGCGGAAGUGAUCUCACGGUCAUCAGCCUGGAAAUGCUGACUGUCUUCCUUGCUGGACCAAUCGCUGUCAUGAUAUGCAACAAACUACGCAAGCAGUCAGCAGAUGCUUGGUUCUGGAUGACGGUCCUGGCUACUGGAGAGCUGUACGGAGGCUUCAUGACUUUCGCGCCAGAAUGGUUGACUGGGUCGCCGAAUCUGGUCACGGACAACUUCAUGUACAAGUGGAUCUAUCUGGUCUUCUUCAACGCUGCGCUGUGGGUGGUUAUUCCGUUCUGGAUCUUGUUUGAGUCGUAUAGCAGAAUUGCCGCGGGAUUGAAGCUGCAACAGCAGGCCGAGGUUGGCAAGAAAGGAAAUUGAGCAAUCACGCUGCAGAUCAAGUGCUCGCCUGAUACAGAAGGCAACACGCUCUUCGAGUGAGCGGCCCCUUCCGCAAGCAACCACAGGCUGCAUCGACUGCGAAGGCGCGAUGACGAAGAAGGGUUAGAUUGUUGAGACAGCACUCCUCUCCUGUGGCAAGUGCAGCUUGUCAAUGUUUCGCACAACAUCUUUGGCAUGAGCUCGGAUGAAAUUGGCAGAGCCAUUGCCAAGCUCAGUCUUCCUGUCCUUCGCACAUGUCGCACCCAAACAGACUCCAACAAUAUGCCUUCUCGGGUUCGAUCG